AUGGAGAAGACUGUACUGGCUCUGGUGUUACUGUGCAUUACAGCGGCACAAGGACAGAGCGAACACAGCGAACAGGCCAGCGUGAACAACAUCACCCAGCUGGCUCACACCAAAGGUGGAGGGAGCGCUGCAAACGGAAUUCAGCUUCAGGACCGAAGGGCCACGGGGACAACCGGCGAGGCAACCGGCAGCCAAUCAACCUGCCAGUCUGACAUCAGCGAGAAGCUGGGAGCCGUCACCGUGAAACUGGAAGCCGUGGAGGCCAGGCUGAGCGCCAGUGAGAGCCGUGCAGCAGAGCAGAGCGCCACCCUGAGUGAGCUGAGGAGGCAGAUUGCAGAGUGGGCAGGCAGACCACAGGUGGCGUUCUCAGCUGCGUUGGGACAGAACGGGCCCACAGGACCCUUUAAUGCUGAAACAACCCUGAUCUACAGACUGGUCUUCACGAACAUCGGCAACGCUUACAACCCAAGUACAGGGAUCUUCACAGCACCAGUGAGAGGAGUCUACUACUUCAGCUUCACCGCUCGUGGUUCUGGCUCAUCCCAUGUGGGUGUCAGACUGUUUAAGAACGGGCAGCCAAUGGUCACAGCGUAUGGAGCCAAAUCGCCUGAAGAUGAGUUUACCGGCGCUAACAGAGUCAUCCUGCAGCUGGAAGUGGGACAGCAGGUGUACCUGCGCCUCUUUGCUCAUGUUUCAGACAAUGUAAAUAACUACAACACCUUCAGCGGGUUCCUGCUCUUCUCCGAGUAG